AUGGAGGAGGACGACGACGACCGCUGUGACCAGUGCGGUUCCACAGACUUCACGAUCGAAGACGAUGGGCGCACGUACUGCGCCAACGGCCACGAGCAAGCCCGUGGAAUCAUUACGGCGGAGGACGAUGCGGAUUACGCCAGAAAGGGCAAAGUCGUAAGGAAGAAGGAGAAGAAAUCGAAGCAGAAGGUGUCUAAAGUCCUCCGAGGCGUCAAAGCAUACCAACUCUUUCUACAAGCAUGGCAGCACAUUCUCUGGAAACAGUGUCAUACUUUGGUGCACCAGCUGGAGCUGCCGGAGGAACUCUGGACAAUCGUCCGAGAUCUAUGGGCACUGUGGCUCUCGAAGCUCGAGCACCGUCUGGAUCGCACUGAACAGGGCCAACACGAGAGUGACGGCGAUCAGCUCGAGACGUCUGGGGAGAACACCGAUACCACCGACGCCGUCGAUACAGACGCAGAUGAACGGCAGGCCGGUAACAACAGCAGCAAGGCUGCGAGGAAAGGCCCAAAGCUGAUCGACACGGCUGCGCUGGGUUAUCUAGCUAUGAUCCUCUUGAGGCUCCCGAUUGAGCUGGCUACGAUAUUGAGAUGGGUCCAAGAAGAAGACAUUCCAUUUAUCCGAGCCAUCAGGCACGUUCCUCAGGAAAUGAAAGAGCGUCUGCCCAGUGAGUACCAGGCGGCUCUGGACACCCGCCACAUGCCACGGCCGGACGAGCUGCAACUCGCCGUCUACCAGCGCUCGCGCAUGUACGACGUCCUCUUCGGCAUGGCCACGCCGCCGGUAAACCAUGAUCUCCUCUUCAUCUCCUACAUGCGCUCCCUCGCCCUUCCCAUCGAAGUCUAUAGUCUCGCUCAACGCCUGAACAGGAUCACAAAGUACAGUUUCGCGUACCAGGACCUGGAUGCGGGUGAAGAAGCAGCAGAAGCAACCUCACGACUGCGCCGUCAUGCGACCAGCUAUCCCGAGGCACAGAUAAUCUCGCUGAUAGUGACGGCCACCAAGCUUCUCUACCCCUUUGACUCGGACACCGUGCCUCGACAUCCGAAAUCGCCCAACGAUCUCGCGACCCUGCGCAUGGACUGGCCAGCGUGGCUCAAGGCCAAGACAGACCUGGAGACGGCUUCGCGUCAGCUUGGUGCUAACGGGAGCACGGAGGGCUUACAGCCCGGGUCAGAGAUGGCCGUCACGGACGAGGACGUCCUCAACAUGAACGACACCCAACUCGACCAGUACCUGGACUGGUACCAACGCAUGUGGCUGAACCCCACGGCAGCCGGGACUGCCCCAACAACCAGCGCGGUCAAUGAAUCAGGAUCCCAGAGCCAGAGCCAGAGCCAGAGUCAGAAUCAGAAUCAAGAGCCCAACACCAUCGACCAAACAAUCCUCAAUCUCUUCCCCUUGCAGCCGAUCCCCUCCGUCGAAAAAACCCGCACACAGCACGCCUCAGCAGCCCAGAGGCGCGAAACACUCCUGCAGACACGGAUCGAGCGUGUCCAGGCCUCACUGAAACCAAUACGGGCCAUUCCACCUGCAGAAGAAGAAGCCGCCGCCGCCGCCGCCGCCAGAAAACGCACGCAGAGCGUCCUCCGCCCUGGCGCACGCUACCCUCGAUACAGAUGGGACGAAAAACUGGACGGCGACGCCAAAUCCGGGUGGGCCCAGGCUGCCAAGGUGUUCCACGAGGAAGCCGCGCAGGUGGCAUGCCUCAGCGUGGCGGCGCUGUGCAGAGCGGUUGUCAGGACGGAGGAUUUGAUUGAAGCGUGGCGGAGGGAGAGGAGGCGGGAAGAGCACUUCGCAGGCGUGGAUCGGCAGGGUUCCUCCGGAGCACCACCCACGACGACAGGUGCUGGAGCAGGUGUCGUCCUAGCUACUACCACUCCUGGGAACCCGUCUUCGAGCGCCGCGCUGGUCAGGGGACUUGGGGACCUGGAACUCGAGGAUUUCGGCUCUUCUCCUGCUUUCGCCGGUGAUGUAGCAGGGAUUGGUGAGGACGACGAAGGAGGAGGGAGCCGGUUGGAGGAGGAUCACGAAGGCGGCAAUGAUGGCAGUGAAGGAGACAUCGAGAUGGAAAUGGCCUUGGAGUAUCUGCCUGAACUGUGA